CUCUGCAGAUUUUUAAGGACGGUCUGGCAAAGUUCAGCCAAUCGCUGCAGGAAGAGCCGGAGCCUCACCAUGGCCGCAGCACGCAGCAGGAAGAUGCCCAUCCCGUGCAUGCAUUCCAUAGGCCAGCCCUUCGGAUCAGCGUUGGCGGUUCCUUGCAUGCUGCAACAUCGUCGCCCAGGGCAUCCAUAGGUUGUAACUCCGCCAGGCGUACGCACGAGGGUAGCGCCGUGCUGCUGGGCCCCUCGAAUACCGCAGCAGACAACCCUUUAGCUGAUGCGCCGAGAGUUGGCGUCGGCAUCUCUCACAGCACGCCCACGACUUCACCUAAGGUUACCCGGAGCCUUCGACUCAGCGAUCUUGGCUCGGACCAUGAUACUGGCACAGGACACGGCUUCCAGGACGCCCCCUUUUCCACAGCUGAAGCCUGUCGACGCUCUGCGCCCUUCACCAGCAUCCACGAUACCGCUGCGGGCCCCAGAAGAAGGGGUAUCGGCAGCAUGUCACUCUCCACAACGCCCAGGCACAGCCCUUCGGCGACCCAUCAUGCGCUGGCUGGCACCACCCGCAGUGCGGAUUCGGUCCUCUCAGACAUGAAGCGUUACGCGGCGGUCAUCACCGCUUCGUCUACGGCGCAAGCUGACCCUGAAGACGACAUGUCCAUGCCCGGCGCUGCCAUGGAAAACGUAGCGUCCCCUCCAGGCUCGACAAGAACCCUGUCAGAAGAGCACAGCACUGACUCAGCAUCCUUCCGACUUUCCAUGAGCAGCGAAGGAUCUGCUCCCGAGCCGCAGGGGCAGCUCCUGACUAGCCACAAGAGGCACCGCAGCCCUGAGCCGCCAUACACCGGCGCCAACAUCACCUUUGCGGCCAUGGCGCCGCCGCCCAC